AUGACGCCGGCGACGUACAAGGCCGUGGUUCUCCGCGAGAAAGGCGGGGCCUUCAAGCUCGAGGACGUUCCCCUGAAGCGACCGGGUCCCGGUCAGGUGCUCGUCAAGGUGCUCGCCUGCGGCGUCUGCUUCACUGACGUCGCUGUCGCCGGCGGUCACCUUGGUGAGGUUUUCCCCCGCACGCCCGGCCACGAGAUCGUCGGCGACGUCGUCGAGCUUGGUGAGGGCGUCAAGACGCUGCAGAAGGGUCAGCGCGUCGGCGGCCCCUGGCACGGCGGCCACGACGGGACCUGCCGUCAGUGCCAGCGGGGCCAGUUCCAGAUGUGCGAUACCGAAGCCAUCAACGGCGUCAGCCAGGACGGCGGCUUUGCCGAGUACGUUCUGCUGCGGGCCGAGGCCGUCGUCCGCGUGCCGGCCGAGUGCGACCCGGCCGAGGUGGCGCCCCUCCUCUGCGCCGGUGUGACGACCUUUAACGGCCUGCGCAAGAUGCACGUCGAGCAGGGCGCCCUCGUCGCCGUCCAGGGGCUCGGCGGCCUCGGCCACCUCGCCGUCCAGUACGCCCGCAAGAUGGGCUACGAGGUCGCCGUCCUCUCCUCCGGCGACGACAAGGCCGACUUUGCCCGCAAGCUCGGUGCCCACCACUACAUCAACUCGAAGACCAAGGACGCUGCGGCCGAGCUCAUGAAGCUGGGCGGCGCCUCCAUCAUCGUCCAGACGGCCCCGAACCCAGACGUCGUCUCCCCCCUCGUCCACGGGCUCGCCGCCGGCGGCAAGCUUCUGAGCCUCGCGCCCAUCGGGGCCGUGCCUAUCGACACAAUCGCCCUCGUCAGCAAGGGUGCGAGCGUCCACGGCUGGCCUAGCGGGCACGCGCUCGACAGCGAGGAGGCCAUCCGCUUCGCCUUGCAGCACGACGUCCGCUGCAUGAUUGAGCGCUACCCGCUCGCCGACGUGCAAAAGGCUGUCGACAGCCUCGUGGCGGGCAAGCCGCGCUUCCGGAACGUCUUGGUCAUGGAGUGA